CGCGAAAAUCGGAUCCAUGGAAUCCAGGCUGUAUCGCAGCGUGAAAUGAAAUCGCGCACAAGGCAGCAUUGGGUAUCACCAGACACCUAAAUAGUAAUUUAGGAAGGAUUACUGGAGAAAUCAAACAACUUUCCAUGCCUUUUAUUUUCCAUUCCUUUGAAUGUUAUUGACUAACAUAUGGGUAGUCUCUAAAGCACCGGAAACCAUUCUUUAAUCACGUUGGGGCAUUCAAGGAGCCUCCACCAGCUGGCGCUGUAUGAACACCGGUAUUGUUCAUUAAAAUAACAUAUUUCACUUUCGUUGCCCCUAUUUGUAAACAAUCGAAAUCUAACCCUAACCAAUAUUGAGUGUAAAGAAUAUAUUAAUAUUUGAAUAACAUUAUUUUUUUUUAACAUUAUUCUUGACAACGAAUAAAUAACUGCAGCGAACUAAUUUGGAUUUCUGACAUUUUAUUUGACAAUCAUUUGAAGGAUAAAUAAAGUUCCUGAAUUUAUACAAAAGGUGGCAUUAGGACAAAUCGGGUUCGACUACAUGAUAGUCAAAUAUACAUUAUGGUUUUGUUUCAUAUUGUCAUUCAUCUGUCGAAGACUUCUGUGCUUUUCCUACAGGGUCAGCGAUCACAACAAUCCCCCAGGCUCCCAAACCUGCAAAACAAGCGUUUGUACCGAAUUUAAAUCUGGAUAUCAUGCAUCAUCUACACAAUAAAGCACAAUCACGAAGGAAAGCUUACUAGCAGCGAAGGUGAGCUGCAUGGCCAGGCCGAUGGUCGGAGGGGCUCCUGUCCGCAUGACGCUCUUAGCCGCCCGGAACACAUACAGCCCGCCGGCGAUCAGACCUCCGCCCGACAGCAGCCGGCAGCUCCAGCAGCUCUGGAACCGCUCCCUGGGGCUAGAGACCGCUGCGGCUCCCGCUGUCGGCGCUGGUUCAGCUACUGUUGACAUUUUCCUGUUCUGGACUCGGCUCUAUUCCUCUUGACUGUGGUGAUGCUUCUGCACUCAGACGAUGACGUAUAUGAUGUCCGAAGUGUUCCGCGGCAGAUAUGUGCAGCCACCGAUAAUGAAGUCGAGAUAUUAGUUACAAAAUAAUGAAAUCGUGUUCUGUAGGGCAUGGGUGUGAGGAUUGUUUACAGAUCACCUUUCAGACAACAGUUCCGGGUUAUGUUUUUUAAACUUCCAGUCUGCCUCUUUCAAAAUAAGAUUCCAUGUAUUAUGCUUUGGUUAAGAUGCAAUUCCGUAUUCAUCACAUUGGGCUCCAUUAUUGGGAGGAAAAUGUAUUUUACUUGAAAUGUAACGUUUCAAUGGCAGACUUUGUGUGUCUCGGAUCUCAGCAAGACAACAAGAAACGCAUAAACUAUAUUGUGAAAUGAUACCCUUUACGUCGGUGGUGCUCGGAUAGCUCACUGUAAAGGGGGCGUUUCGUUAAUUACGGUCUAAAGUGCACUAUCGGCUGGUCUACUCUGCACAACUCGUCAAAUUAUGUUCCACUCACAAUCCCUCCAAUUGCGGACGAGUAACCGGUUGGACAGUUACAUAUGGAGACUCUUACAGCGUUAACUAUGGAUAUCAGAGGUUUCUCGAUAACUCUUUGUUUUCUGAUUUGUGUCUUUCCGUCGUCGUUUGGUCUGAAUCCCGAUGAAGUAGAGAGACUGGGUAGAUCUUCAUACAUAGCGGCGGUGUAUGAACACCGGGUUGUGUUGACCCCUGAGCCGCACCUGGCCCGGACGCGGGCCGCUGCGCUAAGACACAUGAGGACCAACCUGGACGUCUUCGAGGAGCAGGCCAGGCGGGCAUCUCAACAAGGUGUCCAGAUCCUGGUGUUUCCAGAGGACGGCAUUCAUGGUUUCAACUUCAGCCGCUCCUCCAUAUCCAGCUACCUAGAGACCGUCCCUGACCCCCGACUUGAGAGCUGGAACCCCUGUACCCAGCCGGGAAGAUACAACAACACUGACGUGCUCCAGCGGUUGAGCUGUAUGGCCCGUUGCUACAGCCUCUACCUGGUGGCCAACAUGGCCAGCCUGCAGCCCUGCCCCGCAAGCACGGACCCCCCCACCUGCCCCCCCGAUGGCCGCUGGCAGUUCAACACAGACGUAGUUUUCAGUUCUGACGGCCAGCUGGUGGCACGCUACCACAAGCAGAACCUUUAUUUUGAAAAGGCCUUUGACGUGCCCCCGAGCCCAGAAUUGAUCACCUUCGACACACCCUUCGCCGGGCGGUUCGGCGUCCUCACUUGCUUCGAUCUGAUGUUCCGCGAGCCCGCGGUGGGGCUGGUGGAGAGGGGCGUGCGCCAGCUGGUCUACCCCACCGCCUGGAUGAACCAGCUGCCCCUGCUCGCCGCCGCCCAGUUCCAGCGAGCCUUCAGCCUGGGCGCCGGCGUCACGGUGCUGGCGGCCAACGUCCGCAGUGAUGUGCUGGGCAUGACAGGAAGCGGCAUCUUCACCCCGGCCUCCGCCCUCGCCCACCACCACUCGUUCCAGGGCCAGCCCGAGGAAGGCCGGCUCCUGGUGGCCCGGGUGCCUGUGUUGGAUCCCCUGUGGUCGGGAGCGGAGGAGGAGGCUGCUGGGGGAGAGGUGGAGGACGUCGGUGGAGAUGGGUCCUUUUGGUCUGUGGUGGAGUCCAGACACUGCAAGCAGGAGGAGAACAACUGUUUGGAUUCCAUGGCUUCAACCCCAUCUCCCUCUCUUCGCCCCGUUACCUCCUCCUCCCCCACUUUUCAUUCCUCCAUGAUGUAUGACCUCUUCACGUUCGCCCGGCUCCCGGCGGUGCAGGGACAGCUGAGGGUCUGCCAGGGCACCCUCUGCUGCCACCUGCAGUACCGGAGGUCACAGCCAGGGGGCGGCGAGCUCUACGCGCUCGGGGCGUUCACUGGCACGCACACAGUCAAUGGCCGCUACGCCCUGCAGGUUUGUGCAUUGGUCCGAUGUGCCGGCCAAAAGGCAACGUCCUGCGGACAGGAAGUGGUGGAGGCCGAGUCUAAGAUGGACUUCGUGUUGAGCGGGAGGUUUGAGACGCCGCACGUCUACCCGUCGCUGGUGGUCAGCGGCGUGAAGCUGGAGCAGCCCCGACACCUUGACAUAAAGCCCACCGGCACCGUUACCAUGGCGCACUCCAACAUGGCCGCAGGCCUGGUCACCGCCUGUCUCUACGGACGCAUGUAUCACCUGGACCGGGUCUGAAGUGUUUGCAUUUUUGCAAUGCAAACCUUUACACAAUUUACACAAUUUAUCAAUUUGUAUUGAAAUUAAUUUAAUUUAAGGGAUAGUCUUGACUGAAUAAAAGGGUUCAUGUAUAAAAUAUAUAUAUAAAUCGAUAAUUACAUUUUGACAAAUCUCAAGACUUUGCUGCGACCUUUGACCAUUUGAUGACUUCAGCGGCACUUCCAGUGAAUGAUGGCUCGUUCAGAUCGCUAGGAAUUAUUGGGAAAACAUUUUCGCUACGUCAGAGAGUUCUUGUGAAUGACACCUCCUGACCUUCUAAUGAUUCUACUUCUGUUUAGCAACUGGGGCCAGAUUUGAUAGAGAUGCCCAGUUGGUGACGAAUAGUUAAGAUUCCGAACGCAGUGCACAUGAACGGUCGCUGUCGGGAACGCGCGUAAGUGUCACUGACGAGGCAUUACCAGGAUCAUGAACGCGCCUUGAACAACACAACUCAUGCUUUAGUGGAGUCUGCUUUUUGCCCAUUACCAUCCACUCCCCAAGAAACAACAUCUUCUGUAUCUUUUCAAAACAUAUCUUUUUUUUAUUACGUCAAACGCCUUUAAAAACAUUUACAACAAGGACAAAUCCGUCCUUGUUGUGUGUGGAAAUGUUUCUCGGAAAGUCCAUGGAUCUUUUCUAUCUCUGACACAGAUAAUUAACACACACACACACACACACACACACACACACACACACACACACACACACACACACACACACACACACACACACACACACACACACACACACACACACACACACACACACACGCAGGCACACAUGCAUACACAAACACGCACACACACACACACACAGGCACGCACGCCCACACCCACACCCACACACACCUCUUCAUUACACAACAGUACAGACCAAGACCAAAAAAUCCAAAGUUGCAGUCCAGAGGCGUCCCACACCCCGGGCAGUGGACAGGGAAAGGCUAAAAUUCAAAUGUACUGUAUACUAUUUAUAUUCUAUUUCAUUCAACAUAGAUACUUUAAUUUUCCCUCUUUCCCGAUCUCCUGAGUGGUUGGCUGGCCUGUCAGUCAAUCAGGGGCAGCGGCCAAUAGCAGCGUCUCUGAGACACAUUAACCGGGCA